CGCUCGAAGGGUAACAAGAUGUUUGUCCUGUGAUGCGAUUGGUGAGUGGGCUCCACUGAUUGGAAGAUCGACAUUCGAAAAUGUAGAAUACCGUUGACGGCCACUCCGUGUUAUGAUAGCGGAGGCCGUGGACACCGCUGAUGAACAACUCUCAGCAUCGCAGAGAGCUGUGUUUGAACCUGUUCUUGUCCAUCUAUGGAUAGCAUUAUCAGCGGAAUUUGGAAGCGCUGUUUUGCACCAAACUGUCUGUCUGGUACAGUUCGGAGCAGCCCUGUGUAUCUCGGUUAAGGGUAUAGCGAACUUCAUCUGAUGUUACCGUUCGCCAUAGCAAUGCAAACAAUGAACCACGCGAUAGGUUCAUGCAGAGCGGCAUUGUCAACUGUCGAGUUUUGUGUUUCGGGUGUCCCUGAAGAAGGAUACCAAGAGUCUGUGACUUGUGGGGCAGAGCAACGCGGGGUUGGCUGCUGGCUGGUACGUCACUGGGCACAGAGAAUGUUGAGAUGAAGUUCGCUGGUGUUAUAAGCGGUGAUGGCAGCUGAUGGGCUCACAUAUAUAUCAACUCGAUUUCCAAAGCUAUAUUUUAACUGAAGAUUUUCAAAUCGUGGUGCAGUAUUGUCCUUAUCAUGUCUCAGAGACAGCACCUCAAAGGUGCCCCUCCAAGCUGUUGCCCCGCGUUGGACAUGGGAAGCUUAAAGGUGCCGGCCGCCCACCGCCAAUUGAUGACGACGAGCCCAGGCCCCAGGCGACUUGGAGCUGCAAGCGGCAACUCUCUUUGAGCCGCAAUCGAUGAGGCGGAAGACAGAGACCAACUCCGGAUAUCUUCGGUUCAUAUCCAAUCAAUUGUUCCUUCCCACUGUUUUAUCUUUUUGAAUUUCAUCAUCCUGGUCGCUGCGCAUACUCCCCGCUCUUCCCCUCCUCCUGGGACACUCGAAGCUAGCAAGCGAAAUGGAGGAGCAACAGAAAAGAAAUAUUGUUAUUAUCGGGGGCGGUAUUAUCGGAUGCACGACGGCCUACUUCCUAACACGCCAUCCCAAGUUCAAUCCGAACCUUCACACGAUCACUCUACUCGAAGCAACGGCGAUUGCUGCUGGCGCAUCCGGAAAAGCUGGUGGGCUCCUGGCGCUAUGGGCCUACCCGCAAUCUCUGGUUCCAUUAUCAUACCGACUACACAAAGCGUUGGCAGAGGAGCAUAAUGGCGCCGAGCGCUGGGGAUAUAGACGAGUAGGAUGUGGGUCUAUCACAGCGACUGUUACUCGAGACGACCUCCUCGCCAGAACCAAGACGAACCUAACACCCUCGUCACCUGUAAAAGGAGAGCAAAAUGGAAAUGGGGUGGCUACAAACAGUCAAAACAAUGAUGCUCUUCCGAUACAGAGCUCAGUGGCCGGUGACCCUGCCCAGGGCGACAAAGAAUCAGACUGGCAAAAGCUCCCGAAGCAAGACGAAGAUGCCACUACCCUGCUCAAGCCUUCUGUUCUACCGCAAGAUCUCGACUGGUUCGACUCUACAGUUGUUCAACACUAUCAAGAGAUGGGUCAACCUGGAGCAACCGAAACAGCACAAGUUCAUCCUUUUCAUUUCACUACCUCAAUUGCCGCCCUCGCUCAACAAAAGGGAGUUGAUUUCCGAAUAGGCGCAAAGGUCACUCGUCUCAAGUACAACAGCGAGAAAACAAAGGUUAUCGGGCUACAGUACGAAGACAGAAACAGCGGCGAAGUUGUUGAUCUGGACAAUGUGACAGAUGUAGUUGUUUCUGCGGGGCCAUGGACAGGCAAGAUCCUGCCUAGAACCAAGAUUGAAGGAUUGAGGGCACAUAGUGUGGUUUAUGAGGUAGAUGUGACGCCGUAUGCUGUCUUUACCGACAUUAUGCUGCCAACAGACUUUGUGCCUGAGCAUCGGGCGAGAAAGGGGCAGAAGAGGAAGCAUAAGCGGAAUGUUGAUCCGGAGGUGUAUGCUAGACCUUUUGGUGAGGUAUAUGCUUGUGGCGAACCAGAUCCUUCGAUCCCUCUUCCAGAAACUGCAGACUUGGUGCAGUGCGACGAAGACCAAUGUGAUGACUUGACUGCAUAUAUGGGAACCGUUUCGCCUAUCUUGGGGAGUGCUCCCAUCAAAGCGAAACAGGCAUGCUAUCUGCCAAGGCAUAUGAGGUUUGGCACGGAGCGUGACCCAGUCAUUGGGCAGUCUUACGUGAAGGGGUUGUGGAUCGCUUCCGGGCAUACAUGUUGGGGGAUUCAGAACGGUCCCGGUACUGGGUGUUUGAUGGCUGAACUGAUCCUGGAUGGUGAAGCAAGGAGCGCUGACAUUACAGAGCUCGAGCCGAAGAAGUAUAAGGUCUAGAUCUCGGAUUACCUUCAUUUCUGUACCCAGAACCUUGACAAAUAUUUGACAUUACGCUCGCGCUUAGCCGCUGUCAAGUUUGUGGCCGCAUCCUUGGCGAGAUGUUUGAGGC